UCCGGAUGUUCCCCAGUAGCGAAUAACGAGCAGUAGUGUGUGAAUGUGGCAACCGAGGUAGACAGGGAGGGGUAGAUAGACUGACCAGACUAGGUUUUUUUGUCUUUUGUCUUUAUUUUUUUUCUUACAGAGCCAGUUGUUUACAGUCUAUGUUAGGCCGCGGUGUUGAACUUGUAUGUUGACCAGGAAACCCGGCCGCUGCUGCUUUUCUUUGGGACUAACGUUAACGUUGUGAAAACAGCCCAGAAGAAAGAGGGAAAGGGAGAAACAACAUGGGGCGAUAAUAAAAAAAAAGAAGGUGUUGUGUUGUGAACCGACGAUGACUCUCUGGGAGGAUCCGUGAAGCUUAUUUAUUUUUAUUUAUUCCUCCCUGUUCCCUUUCCCUUGUGUCCUGUUGUUGUCUUUUAUUUUUGCAUUUUCUCUCCCCUUGCUACUUCGGGAGGUUGUUUUUUUUUCGUUUUUUGUUUUUUUUUUUAAGAAAAGGAAAAGGCACCGGGAUUCGUUACAAGAGGACCGAAGGAUGGACCAAGCCAGCAUCCUGAGAAAGUUUAUCCAGGGGGUGAAGGCCAUGAGCGAGGGGGACGAGGAGAGGGGAGAGGACAACUUCGGCAGCGACUUUAUGAGGUUACGGCGGUUAUCGACUAAAUAUCGGACGGACAAAAUCUACCCCACGAACGCAGGAGAGAAGGAGGAGAAUGUCAAGAAGAAUAGAUAUAAAGAUAUUCUGCCAUUUGAUCACAGCAGGGUGAAGCUGGGACUAAAAACGACCAAUCAGGACACAGAUUACGUCAAUGCUAACUUCAUCAAGGGUAUGGAUGGCCCAGAGGCCUAUAUUGCAACUCAAGGCCCGCUGCCGAACACUGUCAUCGACUUCUGGAGGAUGAACUGGGAGUACAAUGUAGCUGUUAUCGUGAUGGCUUGUCGAGAGUUUGAGAUGGGAAGGAAAAAGUGUGAGCGGUAUUUCCCAGUGUUUGGGGAGAAGCCCAUGAGUUUCGGCCCUUUCAUAAUCUCCUGUGAAUCCGAGCAGGCCAGAACGGACUAUGUUAUCAGGGCUUUGGUGGUGGAGUAUGAAAAUGAAACUCGGAGGAUAACGCAGUUCCAUUAUAUGAACUGGCCAGAUCACGACGUCCCCUCAUCAUUUGACUCCAUACUGGACAUGAUCGGACUAAUGAGAGAAUACCAAGAGCAUGAUGAUGUUCCCAUAUGUGUGCACUGCAGUGCAGGCUGUGGGAGGACGGGUGCUAUCUGUGCUAUCGACUACACGUGGAACCUCCUCAAAGCUGGGAAAAUACCAGAAGAUUUUAAUGUAUUUCGGUUGAUCCAAGAGAUGAGGACGCAGCGACACUCUGCUGUUCAGACCAAGGAGCAGUAUGAGUUAGUUCAUAAAGCAAUCGCUCAGCUCUUUGAAAAACAACUUCAGCUACUGGAGAGCCCCACCAACACGCAGAUACAUGAUGGCAUGGAUGAAAGCAGUCCAGAUAAAGCAGGCCACCAGUCAGAUGAUGAGAGAUGGGACACACCACCUCCAAAACCUCCCCGUAUACGCAGUUCCCAGGUGGAAGGUGAUGUGAAGGAGGAAAUACUUCAGCCCCCAGAGCCUCAUCCCGUACCCCCCAUUUUGACCCCGUCUCCCCCUUCAGCCUUCCCCACCGUCACCAACGUGCGGCAGGACAACGACCGUUACCACCCUAAACCUGUCAUACAUGUCCUUUCUACCACACAGAAUAAGGAAGUGGAUAAGCAGCAGAACCAGUCAGAACCCAGUCCAAACAAGCAGACGAGUCCCUCAGAGCAGAAAGACCAAGAUCUACUCAGUCAAAAACAGCAGACUCAGGUCUCAAAUCUAGAUCUCAAUGACAACUAUAACAACAAAUCAUCCUCGACGUCGAUAAAAUCAGAAUCGGGCCAAACCCAGACUCCCUCGUCGCCCCUUUCUCCAGUUGUUGAAUGUUCUGGUGCUCCUCGGAUUGAGAGGAAGCUGAGCAUUGAGAUUAAAAAGGUGCCGUUACAGGAAGGACCUCGUAGUUUUGACACCACCUCCUCCAUGGGAGUAGCAGGUGGAAUCAGCAGCAGUUCAGCCAAUAGUACAGGAAUACUGCAACGAAGCCACGCCUUUAAAGCCCGUGCUGGCCAGUCCCUGCUGACAUCUAGCUCCUCGCUGUCAGAGGACUCAGGCACGGAGGGAGGAGGAGGUGGAGGAGGUGGGUGUGGGGAGAGUCACUCAGACGGGGGAGUCCUAGCCAGACCGAACCACCUCCCUGUGAAGAGUGAGAAGGGGGAGACACCUGGAGGGGAGAGAGCAGACGCGAAGGCUGGCCAUGCAGCAUGGGCUCAGGCCUGCAACAGCCCAGAAAAACAGUGCUCCAAAACCUCCUCCUCUUCCUCCUCUUCAGACCGUGUUGCCCCGUCGUCCUCUUCCUCCUCCCACAUCUCCUCCUCCUCUUCCUCCUCCUCGUCCACUCCUGUUAGGACUGCUCUGAGUUUCACCAACCCCCUACACUCCGACACCUCGGACGAAGAGGGGAAUGGAGAGGUGUCCGGAAGCAAGGAGGGUUAUCGUCCUAAUGUGUCCACCGUCACGGCCAUGGUAACCGCAUCCCCUCACCAUGGAGACCAGCAGCCGGUCAGGAAGGUGUUGCCCAUGUCGAUUGCAGGGCGAAGCUCUCCAUCACCCUCUUCAACCACAGCAAACUGCUGGGACAGCGAUGACUCCCCUCCCCCCCUCCCUGCGAGAACACCUGAGUCCUUCAUACUGGCCACAGAUCCCCUGGAGAUGAAGACUUCAGCCUCAGCUGAAUGGAGCAGCUCACAUAAAGAUGUGUCAGAGUGUGUUAAGAGGACAUCUUCAGCUGACCCCGCAUCUGCCAGCACCACAGCAACAGACAGCAAGGCAGACCUGGGUGGGGUUCGGUAACCGCUGCAUUCAGCCCAAAGGCCCUCGGGAACCCCCCCUGGAGUGGACGUGACGGAAUGAUCCGUCUGCCCUUCUACCAACAGUGUUGUCGGGAAAUGGACUCUACCCAUCUCACCUGGCCGGCCCAAAAACCAAGUUGAUAGAUGACAGUUUUACAUAGAAACACCUUCUGUGUAACUCUGUACAAACACCUUCUCCAGACUGAGCUCCUCCUCCUCCCCCCUUCUCCCCCUCCUCCUCCUCCUCCUCAGUUCACUGCAGAGGAACAAAGCAGAGGAACACUUACUGGUCAAGUGGCUUGUCCAUUUUAGAACAAAGCCCAGGUUUUCCUGUUCAGCUUGCCAAUGUUAGAGGUCUUGACUUCUCUAAACGCUGACCUGGGAUCAGUCUGUUUAUUUUCCUGUUAAUGCUUAAGAGAUAAUUCCUGCCCCCCCCCCUUGUUUUCUUUUGACUUGAGAGUAGAUUCAGUUUUUCUCUCUCAGCUGUAAACACAUCACUUGUCCAUUCGGAGGCUAAUUGAAGAGGGAUGUAGGUGUGUGUGUGUUUUAAAUAAAAAGUGUUUAACAGGGAGAACAUUUUCUUUCAUACCAAAUGAGGAAAAAAAGAAAGUUUUUCAUCAUAAAUCAGGAAUUAUCUUUAAUCAGAAAAGCUACUGUGGGAAACUGAUUCCUGAGGUUUAACUGGAGUCCCAGAAGGCAUCUGCUUCCUCCUACUGAAUGAACAACAAUCUUCAAAGCUAGAUAAUCUGUUACCCAUGAUGCAACCUUUUCUGUUGGGUAUGUACAGGUUGCCAGGGUGCUCUCUCUUUCUCUCUCUCUCUCUCUCUCUCUCUUCCUGUUUCUCUCUCCCUCUUUCUGUGUGUUGGUGCUACAUUACAAAGGAUCAGCACAGAAACAGAAGCACUCGAGUUGACUGUUACCAACCCGUUAGCUGCAGUAAUGUCAGCGCCGAUACUUUCGUUUCUCUGCUGACCUCCCUGUUCACCAGAGUCAUAGACUGAUAGUUUGGUCACUGCGAUGGUCAGUGAGAGUCUCGCCCUGUGGAUAACGGACAGCAGGAUGUUGUUCAUUUUGGGAAAAAAUGCCGGGAGUUAGAUAAGACGUUUCAUGCCAGUGUUGUGUCUGUUAUGGUAAAUAUGGUUAGCUUAGCUUAAUUUAGAGACUGGAAACCGCUAACCUGGCUCUGUUCAAGCAGAAUUUACCUAAAGGCACCUUGGCAGCUCAUUAAUUGUCAAGUUGUAUCUCAUUUGUUUAAUCUGCACAAAAACCAAACGGUAAAAAUGAUGGAUGGAUGUUUUAUGAUGGAUUAAAUUCUGGACUGUUUCUUGGUGGGGAGCAAUGACAUUAAAUUGCUGUGUGUUACACUUUGGUUUUGGCUCUGUUAAACAAAUGAGAAGUAAAGUGAUAAGUAGCUGUAGAGGUGUGUGUAAGGGGACUUUACUGCCUUUGAACACACCUGAGCCUGCUGGUCUUAAUGCUUUCAGUCUUCUCAUCAGCAAGAAAGCAAACUUGCUUAUUUCCCCAAAUACAAAUACUGUUCCUUCAAAUGUCUGUUCAGUCGGUGGCAGUGGACAUUAAUAAUCAUGUUGACAACUUUGGGCUUAGAAAGCAAAGUUGCAUGCAGAGGUAUUGAAAGUGAAACUCAGGAGUUGAGUAAAAAGGGAUAUAAUAUGGUGAAACGAUGUAAGAAUUUGUAAUGGGAUUUUAGUGGUAGAUCGAAUUAAGCAGAAGGUCUGUUGAUGAUCGCACGAAUACAGAUUGGAAAUGACUGCAGUUAAGAUUCUGCUAUUUACGUUCACGUUUAAUGACCUCAUACCACAACAGUAAUGGCCAAACUCAUCAUCUCUGUGGCUCUGGCUCUCACUGCUGGGACCAUGAGUCUGCCUUAGUCUGCCUCUCUGAGAUGACAGUCCUACUUAAUUUCUCUCUUCAGUUCAUUUCUCUCUCUGGGUGCAUUUGGCUUCUCUUGGUCUUUACCUUGGACUCAGUUUUUCUUUUAUUUUCCUGUUGUUGUUCCUUUGCGUUCCUGUUUUCAUCCUCUUCCUUCUGAGGGCCGGAGAUAAACGACCAUGCAAGUCAGUUUACUCACAAUAAACCUCGGUGUUUCAUAGCAGCAGUUAUACACCUGAAACUCUUAUUGGAUUUUUUUUUUUUUUAAUUACAUGUAAAAUCUAGUUCAGGGUAGAGGGUCACAGUUGGGUCAGUGUGUCUAAGUUACUUAACUUGAGUGUGAUUUAUUACAGGAGACACGAUAUCUAAAUUGAAUUGCAUUACUUUUACAUACUUGAAUAAUAAACACUUGAAUAAAUACAUUAUGACUGUGUAAAAACUCCCCUUUAUAUGUUUGAAUAAACACAUAAGCUUUAUAAGUUCGCAUUAACUUAAUUUGAUCAAAGUUACUUAAUUUAUUCACAUUUACUCAACAUUAUAGAAAAACUUGUGAUGCUUUACACUGAACUUAUGCAAUAGAAUGAAAAUGUUUUGAGCAUAAUAGAUUCUUUGAGUGCAGAUUAUUAUAAAGCCUUGUUUCCCAAAACGACCCACUUCUCUACAAACAGGACUUGCAUGGCAUCUAAUUUUAAAAGUUUAAAAAUCAGACCAAACCCGCUUUGUAUGCGAGACAAAAGAUCCAAUAAGACGACAGCAGCAGGACCCAGGACUACUGUUUUCUUCUGAUUUUUGUUGUUCUCUGCUAACUUCUCCUUCAUUAGCUACCAUAACUACACAGUAUAUGCAUUGUUUUAUAAGGUUAAAGAACUGUACAGGGUGGUUUAGGUAUAUAAUAUUUCAGAUUUUUUUGUUAUCUCUUGAAUAUUCUUAUUAACAGAAGAUGUAAGAAAGUCAGUGCAUGAUGGUGAUGAUGAUUAUUCGUUCCCUCUACAACGUUUCCCUUCAAACUGUAAAUUAUUCUGCUGCCCUUUUGGUUUUUGCUCCUGGCAAAUAUCUCAGAGUUUGUUUUUAUUUUUAUGUUUGACUUAUAUGCUUAAAAAGAUUGAUUUUUUUUUUUGUUUGUUUGUUUGUUUGUUGAAUUGGUCGGCAGAGGAAAGGCAUUGCCCCCCCCCUUCAGAUAGCUACAGUGGGCUUCAAAUAAGAUUGUAAUAAUAAUAUUAAUGAUGAUGAUGAUGCUGAUAAUAAUAAUAAUGGUCGUUUUUUGUAAAUGGUAUUUUAAAAGUUAUUUUUGUAUACACGGUUGUUCGUUGCAUCACAAGUCCACUGCUCCCAACCAACCCCAACUUCUCUCCCCUCUCUCCAUCUUUUUAUCUUUCACCCACUUUCUCUACACUUUUUGAUCUUUUUCUGUCUUUCAGCUUGCUCUUUUUCUGCAACACAUGCAGCAGAGAUGGAUCUCGUGCUGUGGGCAAAGGAGCAUCUCGUUAUUUUUCUCUUCUUUCCCUUCCCUCAUAUGUUCCCUGCAGUUUUUCCUCUCAUUUACCCCCCCCCUCCCUCCCACCUCACCUUUUUUUCAUUUCAAAAAGGCUGUCACUUUCAAUGCGUCUGCAUGCCAGCAGAUCAGUUCACUCUGGCAAAGCACUAACUUGCUGGUGGUUCAAAGCGACAAAAUUGGCCUGUAAAGUGAUUUAACAGGCAUCUUGAGAAACAGCCUUUUAAACUUUUUCAUCUGUUUUUUUUUUUUUUUUUAACGUUUCUUUCCAUUUUUUCCCCAACACAUACCUGUAUACCUAUUUAAACCCGCGCACACAAGCCUCGAACUCAGAAAAAGAGCCCACCUGUGCCUUUAAGUGAGAGCCCGCCCCUUUCCCCCCUCUCUCCUCCAAUCAUCAUUAGCGGCGUGAGCGUGAGCGAUGAGAUUCGCUGCUGCUUGCUCAUUGCCUCCUGUGGGACUCUCGUUCACUCCUCCCCAUGCCCCUCCCCACAC